AUGCACCAUCCCAACUACUCCUCCAGUUCGCUAAACGACCAUAACUUGUAUGAGAUCUCGAUCGGGAACGGUGGCCCUGCUUCCUCCAAGAAGUCUCGCUCGGGCCCCGUCAAACGUGUCGGUCUGAUGUCUUCCCUUCCGUCGCUUAACGAGCUGAAAAGACCUGGCGAAUACUAUAUCCAGAAGAUCUCUCUGUCGUCUGUGAGUUUGAAUAAUGCUCCUGUGAAAACGCCGAAGAAGCCUUCUAUCCACCCGCUCCCGGUCUCUCAGGACCUGUUCCGUCAGUAUUCGGGGCCUUAUAGUGCCGCUGACGUUUCCACCGUGUCUAACCACUCAGAUGACGCCUCCCUGGAUGGCUCCUCCCAGUUUGACUGUCCUGACUCCAGAUUAAGCUCCAUGACUUCCAACUCGCUAUGCUCCAACCGUGGCUCUCAUGGGUCUCAGAAGAGCGAUAUCAAGCCUACUCCAUGUGACGAUACGAUCGAAGACGCCUCAGAUGAAGCUUCUGACGAGUUGGGCCAGAUGAACUCGUCUAUUCUGACCAUAACACUUCGUUCAGAAAGUCGUUCUGCGUCAUAUUCAGGUAAUUCUCACCUGAAACCGCUUCCUCCAGUGUUCCCACGGAAAGACUCUGCAUCUGACUUAUCCCUGGCUCCUCGUCCAGGAGCCCCUAAGUUGCGUUCUGCUUCUACAUCCAGCAUUUUGCCUCAAAAGCCAGGCCCCAAACCUAACCUUCAAAGAGUUAACACGCUGACGUCGAAUUUUUCAUUGACUCGUUCGAAAACACGCUAUUACAAUCCUAAAGAGACUAAAGAGAGAAAGCAGCUCCGCAAAAAGCUUUAUGAUGAUAACGACGACGAUGACGAAAUCUUGCCUAACGACUUAGACUUGGUAUUCAACGUUCCUGUUAUUAAGAACCACGCUGAGAUCUACAUGAGCCGCCGUGGCUCUUCGUCUUCAUCGUUGUCUCGUAAAGACCUAGUGAACUCAGACGACGAUCGUUUCAGCUCUUUCAACCACACUGCAUCCAUGAAGCCUUGUCCUCUUCCUGGCAAGCUUAGCCAUCCGAACCUUUCGGUUGAAACCUCGCUUCCUACCAUGCACGAGCAAGAAGAGAGAUCUGCUAGAAGAAGUCCUACGGAAAUUCAGGAGGAAUCUGAUGAAUUUGACAACUCUUUUUCCUUCAACAAUGAUGGUGAAAUUUCCCAGAACAUCUCUGAUUUCUACAACCAGCGCUCGGUGUCUUAUUCUAAGAUUGUCAAGGAAUCCAGAGAACAGCAGAUGAUUUAUAAGCUUCCCAACUAUAUCAAGUCUCAGUCAUCCGUCGACGAUUUAUCCUUGUUCUCGCCUGAAAAGUUAGACGCCGUGGACCAGUCAAGACCUAUCCACUUGCCUCCUAAGAGCAUGAACGAGAAGCUGAAGCAUAGCAAGGAGUUCCACAGAUUCCUUAGCAACUACGAACUCAACACCAAGAACCAGACUCAAUCGAGAAAGCGUCUGUGUGAAUCUUUCAUUCUUAACCAACAGAGCUGGUUUAAGUUGAUGGUUACUGUCGGCGAGCCAAAGGAAUUCACAAAGAAGUUAACUAAUGAACGUGUCAACUUGCGUAAAUUGAACUGGGAAUCCUUGGUUUCUGACAAAUUCCGUUUUGACUACUUCAUGAAGGUGCUUACUACCAACUUGGGCUCUGAUGUUGCUACCAAGAUUCAAGAAUCUUACCAGAGUUCUGAAAAACGCUUCUCUCAGCUUUCGGACAAGAUGAUCUCCAAUAAGAACUGCUUAUUUGACCGUAUCAUCAACGAUGUUCUUCAAAGACCGCUCUUCAGCACAUUCAUGGUUGAAGCAGCUUCUACGGAGACUUCGUUUGAUGCCCAGCAGUUUAAGGACAACUUCAGACACUUGCUUUACAUGAAGUCGUUGUCUGAGGGAGGUCUCAAGAAGCACCACGAGAUUUUCUUUAUCCCAGUCUUCUUGAUCUUGUUCCAAUCAUACGAGACUGUUGCUAACAUCUUUGUUUUGAUUGAGAUGUUUGACAAGAGCAUUCUCACUGAUGACGUGAUUGCUGAUGUUAACAAAUACUUUGGCAGAUUCUCCAACUUAUCGCUGAUGUCUUCUUCCAGCAUGCCAUACAAGAUUCUCAGCAAGUUUGAAUCCUUACAGGAAUUUGAAUAUUUGAACUUUACCAGUUUCUUUGACAUUAUGAUCCAAUUGAACGACAAGUUGCCUUUGAGUUUAAGUGCACCAUCGACGCCAAUUAUUGCACAGGGAGCUUUUGGCCCACUCAGUUCUGCCAAACAUUCUUCUGAGUUUUCAGAACAAGAACGCAAUAGCAGCAGUGGACCAAACUCUGUUGAAAGUUUCAGCGAACUAGACAUGAAGUCAAGCUUCUCGCUGUCCUCGUCCAUGAGCUUGAUUGGCAUUUUCUUGCAGUUGCUCGUCAUCUACUCGAAUUCGCCAAAGAGCAAGAACAAGAACAUCCUGAAGAUCUUCCAAGGUUUCCUUCUUACCAUCUUCAAGUACUACCAUAUCAACUGGAACAGCUAUGCCGAGCUUGUGAGAUCCAACAAGUCGAUCAAGCUUAAUAACAGCAGUGACCAGACGUGUAACUUGGAGUCCUUUGUUGACAAGUGGAAGGAUAUCUUCAACAAAAUGUAA